GCACCAGCGAGCGUCCAGCCGGCAGGGCAGCGUCUGCGCUUGUCCGAGGAGGGACCUGGCAGCGGGGAAAGAAGGGCCAGGGCCUGUGUCCCUCCUCUAGAGCCUCCCCGUCAUCUGGACGACCCCAAGCUGCUGCACGGGCUUCCGACUUCUCCCUUCAGUAGACGAUUAGAGGGCGCAGCGGCCUCCGGAGACAAGCCCCUCUCGCCCACGCCCGUCGGUCACAACCUUCCAGGACCCGAGAGGAGCGCCGCCCGCCGCGAACUUUCCUCAGGGCAGGAGGACUGCCCAGCUUCUGGCGAGAUGGGCAGCGCUCCAAAAAAGCACAAACAAUGGAAGGAUGGACACCACUGCGUGUAUUGAAAGCAUGUUGAAAGGAAAAUAAGAAAGCCAGGAAUCUCAGUAUGAAUCCGUCUAGAUCGAGAUCGGACGAUGGUAGUGAAGAAGCCUCAUCUCAAGACCAUAAUCAUCGUGAAAGUGAGAGAAGAUGGCAGCAAGAGCGCCUCCACAGAGAAGAAGCCUAUUAUCAGUUUAUUAAUGAACUCAAUGAUGAAGAUUACAGGCUAAUGAGAGACCACAAUCUUUUAGGCACCCCUGGAGAAAUAACAUCAGAAGAACUACAGCAGCGAUUAGAUGGAGUCAAGGAACAAAGAGCAUCUCAGCCUGACUUGAGAAGUGGGACAGAUACCAGAGACUCAGAAGUCCCUAGAGAAAGUUCAAACGAAGAUUCUCUGCUAGAAUGGUUGAACACGUUUCGACGCACGGGAAAUGCGACCCGAAGUGGACAAAAUGGGAACCAAACUUGGAGAGCUGUGAGUCGAACAAACCCAAACAGUGGAGAGUUUCGGUUUAGUCUGGAAAUCCAUAUAAAUCAUGAGAAUAGAGAAAUUGAAAUUCAUGGCGAAGAUCAGACAGGCAUUCCACUUUCAGAUUUUGGCAGGGAUCGUACUACAGAUAGGCAACAGAGGUCAGCCAGUCCUGUGGCUAGGCGAACGCGAAGCCAAACCUCCAUGAAUCACAGUGGUAGUAGCUCCAACAUCCCAAGGACUAGGCUCGGUUCAAGGGGGCAGAAUUCAGCAGAAGGAUCUUUCUCAACAUUGGGAAGAUUAAGAAAUGGCAUUGGGGGAGCAGUUGGCAUUCCUAGAACGAGAGCUCCGCGUGCUGAUUUCGGUAGUCAUGCAAACCAGUUGGGUGGUAGUGAACUCAGGCAGAGGGAGGGGCAACGGUUUGGAGCAGCACAUGUUUGGGAAAAUGGGGCUAGAACUAAUGUUACAGUGAGGAAUACAAACCAAAGAUUAGAGCCAAUAAGAUUACGGCCUGCUUUCAGUAGUCGAAGCCGCUCGCCAAUUCAGAGACAAAGUGGCACUGUUUAUCGUAACUCACAGAGAGAAAGUAGACCUUUACAGCAAAACGUCAGAAGGUCUGUUAGGAGGAGAGGUAUAACGCGUGUCUUUUUAGAGCAGGAUAGGGAACGUAGAGGUACUGCCUAUGCUCCAUUCUCUAACUCAAGACUUGUGUCAAGAAUAACAGUAGAGGAAGGAGAAGAAUCUAGCAGAUCUUCAACUGCUACACGACGACAUCCGACAAUCACACUGGACCUCCAAGUGAGAAGGAUUCGUCCUGGAGAAAACAGAGAUCGGGAUAGUAUUGCAAGUCGAACUCGAUCUAGGGUAGGGCUAGCGGAAAAUACAGUCACUAUCGAAAGCAACAGUGGGGGCUUUCGCCGAACCAUUUCUCGUUUAGAGCGGUCAGGUGUUCAAACCUAUGUUAGCACUAUCACAGUUCCUCUUCGGAGGAUUUCUGAGAACGAGCUUGUGGAACCGUCAUCAGUGGCUCUUCGGUCCAUUUUAAGGCAGAUCAUGACUGGAUUUGGAGAAUUGAGUUCUUUAAUGGAGGCCGAAACUGAGUCAGAGGUUCCGAGACAUGGUCAGCAUUUACCAGAGAGGCACUCAGAUCUGAGCACCGUAGGUGCAGUUAAUGACAUCAGCCAGCACAGUGAAGGUUCCUCUCAAAACAGGCGGGCCCGAGAAGACAGCUCUGAAAUGCGUGGUGAAAACGAGACUCCCCAGCCUCCCGCCCGAAACAGUGAUAGCAGAGGUGGCCGGCAGUCGCGAAAUUCAAAUAACUUAGUUGAAACUGGAACACUACCUAUCCUUCGCCUUGCUCAUUUCUUUUUACUAAAUGAAGGUGAUGACGAGGAUCACAUACGUGGUUUAACCAAAGAGCAGAUUGACAAUCUUUCCACCCGGAACUAUGAGCAUAGCAGUAUCGAUAGUGACCUAGGCAAAAUCUGUAGUGUUUGCAUCAGUGACUAUGUGACUGGAAACAAGCUCAGGCAAUUACCUUGCAUGCACGAAUUUCACAUUCAUUGUAUUGACCGCUGGCUCUCAGAGAAUUGCACUUGCCCCAUCUGUCGGCAGCCUGUUCUAGGGUCCAGCAUAGCAAACAAUGGGUGAAGCGUUGGGUCUGUUCAAAUAGUACAUUUUAGUAGAGCUGAGUAUUUAAGCACCCUUUUGUUGAAUUCUUUGUGAUGAGCUAACCAGGAUGAAAAAGAACGGAUUAUUAUAGUUUGCACUAUUUUUUGUGUGCUUUUUUAACUUGUUAAAAAGAAAAUUUAUAUAAAACUUAAAAUGGCAAAUGUUAAAUUAUCGACAAGUACAGAAUAGUCAAUAUUGCUAGAACCAAAUAAUCUUUAAAAUGUUCUUAUUUUGGUAAUUUCGUCAUGCUAAGCACUUUUGUAUCUGCACAAUUCAGUAGGUUAACAAUCAAUCUUCCUUUUCUUAAUAGCACAGCAGACUUUAUGUGGACUUUCAACUUCCAUAGGCUUAGUGCCAUGUCCAGACAAUGGUGUCUAAAUAAGCCUUUCGUUAACUUUUUAUUGUAAGGACAAUAUCUUUUCAUGAGAGAGUGUUUCGCUGAAUGUUUGCUCUAUAUAUUUAAGUUACUUGAAAUGUUAAAUUUAAUAUGCAGCAUACCAUAUAUGUAUAUAUAGAUAUAUAAUUUUAAGGGUAAAAUAUUCCGUCUAAAAACUACCAGUUUGGUUCUUAUUUAAGCUUUUGGGCUAUUACUGCAUAUGGCACAAUGUGUAACAUUUACAGGAUCAUCUCUGGGAGGAAGUAGAUAUUUAAAAAUAGAGAUAAUUUACUGAAGCGUCUCUGACAAUCUUACUAGACAGCAAGCAAUAUGUAAUACUGAACAAGUAUUUCUUUACUCAGAAAUGGAACAUGGACAUUUUAGUACAUAUAGAUUAUUUAACUUGAGUUCGGCCUUUUUGUGACUUGUUUGAAUGUGCAAACAAUUCUUUGGAUUAUAUUAAGUAAGGUAUACAAAUAUGCAUGGUUUCUCAAAUUUACUUUUAAAAUCUAAAAAAAAAAAAAUGUCUAUGAAGAAUCAAAUGCAUAGAUAAUGUGUUAAGUUUACUUGGAGGCCAAAAACUCCAAAUAAUACAAAACAAAAAACCCUUAAGAGAAUGUGGAAUUUAUAUGAACACGAAGUAUGCAUUGAAGAUCUAUUUCUACCAAUAAAUAUUAAAACAAAGCUGUAUGUGAACUUC